GUGUCUUCAACAAGAGACAGUAGAACAAGAGGUGCAUUCAUGGUCGUGGCCAACGAUGCAGGUCGAGAUGGCCUCUCACCUGCCAUGGUCGAGACCGUCGCCGGCCUCUCCGCCGGCACAGUCGCAACGCUCGCCGUGCACCCUCUAGACAUUGUCAAGACGCGCAUGCAGAUCCACCGCAGCAAUGCAGCCGCGGCAGCAUCGGCGUCAUCGAAACCAGGCCUCGCGCAACCACCACCGCCGCCGCUCAGGACCGUGGCGGUGCUCAGGAGCCUGGUACAGACGGAGAAGCCCAUCGCCGCUCUGUACCGAGGGCUGACGCCCAACCUCGUCGGCAACGCCGCGAGCUGGGCCUCGUUCUUCUUCUUCAAGAAGCGCUGCGAGCAGGCCAUUCUGUCGCUCAAGCAGCAGCCGACAGCUUCCUCGGACGGGUGCCUUGUCCAAGACGACAAUACCGACGAUGGCAGCGCCAGGCUCGCACCUCAAGACUACUUCAUCAGCUCCGCGGCCGCCGGCGCCGCCGUCCAGGUCCUCACCAACCCCAUCUGGGUCCUCAAGACGCGCAUGCUCUCGUCCGAUCGCGGCUCCGCCGGCGCGUACCCCAGCAUGUGGGCCGGCGCGUCCCGUGUCUGGCGCGAGGAGGGCCUACGUGGCUUCUACCGUGGCCUGGGCAUCAGCCUGCUCGGGGUCAGUCACGGCGCCGUCCAGUUCGCCGUGUACGAGCCGGCCAAGAGGCUAUACGUCGCGUGGAGGAUUCGGGGACGCCAGGAUGAUACUGCAGUAGCAGCAGCAGCAGCAGCAGAAAGCCCUACCAUGACCAACGAGGCCACCUUGGUCAUCUCGACGAUGGCCAAGCUCUUUGCUGGCGCCGUCACGUACCCGUACCAGGUCCUGCGCAGCAGACUACAGAACUACGACGCCGAGAACCGGUUCGGCCGCGGCAUCGUCGGCGUCGCUACGCGGCUGUGGCGGGAGGAAGGUGUCAGGGGCUUCUACCGUGGGCUAGUCCCGGGCGUCGUGCGAGUCCUGCCCGCCACCUGGGUCACCUUCCUCGUCUACGAGAACACCAAAUACUACCUGCCGAGGUGGACUGCAGGCAGCCAAGCAUGA